AUGUCUUCUCUUCACACUCCCACAUCGCCAUCGCCAUCGCCGCCUGCCAUCAACAUCACCUCCCACUCGCGCGCCUCCGACUCCGCCCAUCUAGCUCCCUCACGUCCUUUAGGCUCUCGCAACGCUUCAUCAUCCCGCUCACUCAGUGCUUCCUCCGCCAAUGUGAAAAACGCUAGCAGCAGCAGCAGCACCUCAGAGUCGCGCACUGGAUCAGAGGAAGAGGGGAUGACGAUGAUGACGACGAUGAUGAUGCCUCCUCCGCCCAAGAUUCCUGCUUCCAGGCUGUGGGACGCGAGCGAAGCGAAUGUGGUGAGAUCCAGAUCGGGCACUGUGCUCACCAGAGGAUUGGUGCUCAAGGCGGAUGGGGGAGGUGAGUGGGUGUGGGUGUGGGUGUGGGUGUGCUGUGACGGGGGGAGCUGCUCUAGCACUGGCACUGUGACUGCUGCUCACUGCUCACUGCUCACGUAAUCGCUUCAUCUCCUGCGAUGCUUCAACACUCACGACUUCAGCCAAACGACCGCGUCUGGAUUUGCACCUGCAAGGUAAGCAAGCCUCCUACUCGAUCGCACGCCGCGGCACUUCUCUUCCUCCUGCUGCUGACCAAGUCACGCCUCCUCGCACGGCCUGCACGGCCUGCACGCCUGCACGCUUGACACAGGCGCACCCAACUUUCGAAGAGCUGAUUGCGACGAAGUGUACGGCUGUGCUCAGCCCACUUGGGCAGGUCUACGAGGCGUGCUGAGCGUUCUCAAUUGUCAACCUGCUGCCGCAAGCUCUUCCUACGCGCGAGCGCGAGGCAGACCGACCGCAGGUGGUGUAGCUGCCGCACGAUCACGCAGUGCGGAUGUGAAGCUGAAGCGCGACGAGGAGGGCAAGAGGAGCAAUGAGACGGACGCUUUGCUGCCUGAUCAGCCGCGUGCGCUGCCCAACUUACCGGAUACGAGCGCAUAA